UCAUACCGCCGAACCCAAUCCAACGUCCGCAGAAAACACAGCCGCUGACUCCCCUUGUUUCCACUCCACUCCGACCCCCAAGCACUCCACCAAGAACCUUUCCCCUUCCCCCUCCCAAGUUACUCGAGGAAUCCAUGUGCGGCGGUGCCAUCAUCUUCGACUACAUCCCGGCCCGGCGCCGGGUGUCCGCCGCCGACUUCUGGCCUGACGACUCCGAAGCCGACGCCGAGGACUCCCACGCCCCACGCGCCUCCGACGAGAGAGCGCCGCGCGCCAAGCGGGGGCGCAAGAACCAGUACCGCGGCAUCCGGCAGCGGCCGUGGGGCAAGUGGGCGGCGGAGAUCCGCGACCCCGUGAAGGGCGUCCGCGUCUGGCUCGGCACCUACCCCACAGCUGAGGCCGCCGCGCGCGCCUACGACCGCGCCGCCAGGCGCAUCAGGGGCGCCAAGGCCAAGGUCAACUUCCCCAACGACACCUCGUCAUCCCCGGUCGUCGCAUCAGCGGUGGGGGCGAGGGCGGCGCCGCCCGCCACCGCCGCCCAGGCCCCGGCCGUGCUCCCGCCCCCCAAGACGGAGGCAGGGGUGUCCGAAGAGGUCAAGGAGCUGUCCGAGGAGCUGAUGGCCUACGAGAACUACAUGAACUUCCUCGGCAUCCCGUACAUGGAGGGCGGGAGCGCGGCCGCAGCGGCUGCACCGGUCGCCGUCGAGGAACCGCAGGCGGCCGUGCCCACCGGGCUGUGGAGCUUCGAGGACUACACCUACUACCCGGCGUCGCUGUCGCUCUUUACUGAAUAAUAGUGAACCCGUGUCGUGCUGUUUCAGUAAAUUCUGUGAAAAUUUUUCCUGCUCGUGCUAGUCACCGUGAGUGACUGAUGCCGAGCUCCUUGUCUCUUGUGUCGUUGAACCCACCAAUUGUUUUAUUUGUCACUGUGCCUGUAACUCCCCAAGUGUUCCGUGUAAUCAAGACUUGCAGUUUCCUCUCUG